AUGCUAGCCUUAGUCACAAUCGGUCUAAUAGCAACAUAAGCAACUUUUUCUAGUGCUUCUUUUUCCUAGUCAAAGGCUGAGUCUCUCUCUUCUCAGACUUAUAAUGUUGCUGCAGAAGAUCGCAAAGUAGUCAACAACUUUCCAGUUAUCGGUGUGCUUACAUAACCAUUGAAUGAUGAACAGCUAACUGAUCCAGACAAUAGAUAUGAAAAAUACAGUUCAUACAUGAGAAAGUCUUAUGUUGACUAUCUAGAAGCAUCAGGUGCCAGAGUAGUCCCUCUAAUAUAUGGCUCUGGUAAUGAUGAUGCGGAAUUGGCUAAAAUUGACAAGCUUUAAGGAGUUUUUUACUGUGGAGGAACUGCUGGACAAUAAACAUAUAAAGAUUUCGGUAAAAGGAUAUUUGACAAGGUUAGAGACCUAAACGAUAAAGGUGUAUUCUUGCCUAUUUGGGGCACUUGCCUUGGAUUCUAAGGUAUCUCCUCAUUUGCUGCAACUAAUCCAAAAGUUCUUGAGAGCUAUGAUUCUUAAAACGAUUUAUAUGCAAUGAAAUUUGCAGUUGAUCCUUCUCAGACAAGAAUGUAUAGAGCAAUGGGAAAUGAUGCCUACCUCUUCGAGUAAAAUAAAAUUCAGUUCAACUUCCAUAAAUGGGGAAUAAGCCCAGCCAAAUUCUAAUCUGAUAAGGGCUUAAAAGAUUUCUACACAGUUACUUCGACUGCUUUUGAUAAUAGUUAAAAAGAAUUUGUCAACUCAAUUGAAGCUAAAAAUUAUCCAUUCUACGGAACCUAGUUCCAUCCCGAAGCUCCAUUGGUCCCUAACAGAAACUAUUAGAUUGAUCGCUCAUUAUUUUCAACUAUUAACAAUAGAUAUUUCGGAGACUUCUACGUUAAUUAGUGCAGAACUAGUAACAAUAAUAUGAUGUCAUGGGAGGAAUUCGCUUAAGUGGCUGUUGAAAAUUACACCUACAUUACGAGUGCUGACAAUAGUAGAGUCGAUGUAGUUUUUUGA